AUGAAGAGAACUGGGGCAAUGAAAUUUGAUGAGUAUGAAAGUUCAGGCUAUGAAUAUUCGGAUGGUGAGACUUCAGACGAUCUGAAAAAUGACAAACCUAUUCAACAAAACCCAGUUAAACCAACAAUUUUCAAAAAAAAUGAACAACAUAUCCAAUCAAUCAACAAAUCAAUGAUUGAUGAUUCUAAAAAUGCCAGAAUAUCAACGUACAAUGAUAGUGAUUACGAUUUAGAUCAAAAAUUAGUAAUAAAUAAAGAUUUUGUUUUUCCAGGUACACAUUUAACAGAAAACGUCUUUAUACUAAUUGCCCAUCCUGCUCAAUUUUCAAAAGUUGAAGUAGAAUACUCAGAAAAGAAUCCUUAUUACGCAUGGCAAUAUACAAACGCUCCUCUUACAGAUUUCUCAACCGGCGUGAAUACUACAUACAAAUCAGCAUAUCAGAGUAUCCAUCCUUCAUUUAAAGUUAAUAUUCUUGUAUCUCCUUCAGCAGAAAAAUUAAAUCAACUUCAAAACUUCAGAAGAGACGCAAUACCAUCUCGCGUUAUCUUCCAUUACAUCGGAUACGGAUUCCCGCAAGUGGAUAAGUCGAACAUUUUCCUUUGCGAUGGAAAACCAAACGUUUUCAGACCAUAUCCAGCGAGAAAAAUCUUCGAGAACCUCAAAACACCCUCAUUCUUUAUCUUCGAUUGCAAUAACGCAGGUGCAAUGCUUCAAGUUUUCGAUUCAACAGCAAAUAAACAAAAAUUAAAGAAUAAAUCGCCAACAUCAUCGCAAAAAAUCUUUACUGGAUUACCAAACAUACAGUCAGACUCCAACUGGGACGAUUGGAUCUGUUUAUGCGCAACUGACGUAAAUGAAACUUUGCCAACGAAUGCACAGCUUCCUCGUGAUUUCCUUACCACCUGUUUAUUCUCUCCAGUUGCAAUGUCGAUAUUAUGUCACAUUAUACAGUAUUACCAUACAUCUUUUCCUGAUCCCGGAUUUCCUCUAAAUGAGAUCAACGGAAUUCUUGCCUUUGGCGACAAAAUGCAUCGCCAGCAACUAGAAGAUAUCCUCUGUGGUUUAACAGACGCAAUUGCCUCGGAUUGCCUUAAACCUCAAUUAUAUAAAAAUCUUUUCAGACAAGAUCCAGCCAUUGCCACUUUCUUUCGUAAUUUUAUUCUCUCGCAAUAUUUACUUGCUCCUUACGACGUACAUCCCGUUUCUUAUCCCUCAUUUGCAAGUAUGACCCGCCAUCCGCUCUGGCUUCAAUGGAGAACUUCAAUCGACCAAUGGAUCACCUCUACAUUGACUCCUCUUCCUUCAUUCGCCACAGAUUUCUUCGGACAUGCAAUUAACAGUUUUCAACAUUAUUUGUCCACGAAACUUGACUCGCGAAUGAAAAUGUUCCUUGUAACAAUAUUGUGCCAUGUUCCUUUCUCAGAAGUAGCGAAUAAUCCCAAAUGUUUCCCACUUUUGGCAAAAUUUGCUUCAAGAUCUAAAGAAAACCGACAAAAACUUGCCCAAUCCAUCAUUUUCAAGCCAUGUUUCCUUUUAUUGAGUAAUACAAAGAACACGGAAGAGUUCAACAGUCUUUGUUACAUCAUUUUCUCGAUGUUAUACGAAAAUUCCGGAUUUAUUUCCGAAAUCCGAAAUGACAUCGAUUACCAACUGUUACUUCGCUAUGUUUUUGAUACAUCCAUCAGUGAAAAGACUCGUACAAUCAUUUGUGGCAUCAUUACAUUGUUAGUUUCCAAUUUAAACAACAUAAAUCCAUUCAUUAACAACAAAGAAUUUCAUUCCAAACUGAAGAACGUUAUUUCCACAGCGAGUAGUCCAUUAUUACAUUGGAUUUUGUUGUUAAUGAGUCAAUCAUUUAAUGGUAUUUCCAUUGAUCCUGAUUGUUUCGUUCCUGAUUCCAUUCAUUUCCAAAUUUCUCUUUCCAUUUUCCAUGGAAUAUUUUGGUGUAGAGCUGCAGCAAUCAAUGCUUUACAAUCGUAUUUCCAACAAGGCGAUCAAAUCAUUAAUUUGCACUUGAUAUUAAUGAUACUUCCUUCUUUCAUGGAUUGUUCUUAUACUGUUAGAAUGCAGUUAGUUAAUGCUUGUGCGAAGUUUCUCCAUCAAAACGCAGAAAUGUUUAUAAUCGGAUACAGAAAAUCACAAGUUGUUAACUCUGCAGCAACAUUCUCACAGUUGUUCGCUUUAUGGUACGAUGACAUGAAGCUAAACACAUUGAAACAGAACUUUUCGGAGUUCUUAUUGAAAUUGGAUGAAGUUGCACACAGAAAUGAUUCGAUUUCUCACAUUUGUACUAUUGUUUAUUACAUCAUUGACAUGUUAUCUCAUGAUCCUCAUCCUUUCGUUAAAAAGAGAGCAACGAUUUUCAGAGGAUAUUUCCAGAGAUUGACAAUGAGUAACCAUGGAACAAAUAACGAAGGAAGACCUCAUUCUGUGUCUCCGCCUUUCGCUUUAGAUAAUCUUCAAAAAGGACAAAAAGUGUCAUUUUCUGAAGAUGAAAGUGAACAUACAGAAGAUACAGAAAUCUUCCCAUCUGAUAUAACAAAUGACUCUCUUUUGAGUUCUUCAAUACAGAACCUUUUAAGAGCUGGACCUGAUUGGAUUGAACAACCAAAAAUUGAGAACAAAAGUGAAAUGAGCACUUAUUCAUUGAAAAUACAAUCAACAUUAGUUGCUGAAGGAAGAUUGUUUAAGUUCUCACCAACGCAUAUUGAUUUCGAUCCAAUAAGUUUGGAUUCAGCUGUAGCAACAAGCAACAAAUUCAUUUUCUCUGUUGACGAAACGAAUAAAAUCGUCAACAAAAUCAGAUUGUCUGAUUACGACAUCACUGAUUUGCAAUGCACAAGAAUCGGAAAUGACAAAGUUGUUGUUGCUUCAACAGGUGAUGGAUGCGUUCAUCUAUGGAAUCCUUCUUAUUCAACACCUUUCUGUUCAUUCAGAGCUGACGCGAAUUACAACAUUGACAACAUCGCGCAGUUGUGUCGUUGCAAAGGCGAUAAACUGUUCACAACAAGAGGAAAUAGUGGUAUCGCAAUGUGGGAUAUCACGAAACAGAUGCUUGUUGGUGAAUGGCCAUCAGAAGAACAACACAUCGCUAGCGCAAUGUGCUUGAGUCCUUCAAAUGAAAACAUGAUUUACGUCGGAUACGCGAAUGGAUAUUUGAAUGCUGUUGAUAUAAGAGAUCCAGAUGCACACGUCAGGAGAUUGACAAUUACUCUUGGAGAUAGAAUAUCUCAGUUGUCUGCAAGCGGAGAACUGAUUUAUGCAAGUACUCCUGGAGGAAAAUGUGCAAUUUGGAACAUUGGAGAAGCAACAUUAAGUACAUUGAGAAUUCCUCAGGGACCUCCUAAACAUUUCAUUGCACAUAAGCAUCUUCCUUUGUUGUUCACUAAUGAUAAUGUGUCUAGUCCUCAAUGCUGCGGCCCUGAUGGAUUACCUCUCAUGCAGUUUAUAGAUGUUCCUUCACAGUGUAUAUUCACUGUACAUCCAACAUUGCCUGCAAUAGCUUUCGCUUCUUCAGCAGGAGAUAUGUAUACUUAUAUGUUACAAUAA